CAAACAUUUCUUCCUCACGACGAAAUAAAUAAAUAAAUAUACUUUCCCCUGUCUCUAAUUACUUUUUCCAUUCCUCGGAUAAUCCAUCUUCUUCUUACAUGAGAAAUGGCGAAAAGAACGCCGUCGUCCUCGUCUUUGGGGCUUUUGACGUUAUUGGCCACAAUAACCGUUUGCAAGUUCCAUGUCCCGGGAAUGUGUUCUAAUAACGAUGACGACCAAACCAGAAACAAUUUGGAAAAGUUCCCUGUAUCUCGGGUUGAACCCGGUUCAUCUUCACCACCAGAUUACUCCACAUUGUUUGCAACUGCUCCAACCACUACUCCUUCUGGGAGGGUGUACGGGGUGACAUCGUACGGGGCGGAUCCGAGCGGGGAAGAGGACAGCACGGGGGCAAUUAUGGAAGCAAUUAGGGACGCCCUUGACGGUCCAAGUGAGGGGUUCCUGUUCGCCGGGAUCCGGAAUCUAGGGGGUGCCAGGGUGGACCUCCAAGGUGGCACCUACGUCGUCUCCCGCCCUUUGAACUUCCCCCUCCCCGGCCGAGGCAAUCUCAUCAUCCAUGGAGGAACAUUGAAGGCGUCGGAGAAUUUCCCAGCGGAAGGCUAUCUCCUUGACUUGUCGCCGACGACUUCCGGUGGCGGCCAGGCGUACAAUUACGAGUUCAUAACCUUCAAAGACCUAUUGCUGGACUCUAACUUCCGGGGAGGAGGAAUUCAAGUGGUCCACUCUCUAAGAAUUGGCAUCGACAAUUGUUACAUAACACAUUUCACAACAAAUGGCAUUUUGGUCAGAGGCGGCCACGAGACAUACAUCAGAAACUCUUUCCUCGGCCAGCACAUCACCGCCGGUGGCGACCCCGACGAGCGGAACUUCACCGGAACGGCGAUCGACCUAUCCGGGAACGACAACGCCGUGACGGACGUCGUGAUCUUCUCUGCCCAAGUCGGAGUCGCGGUCUCCGGCCAAGCGAACUUGCUCUCCGGCGUGCAUUGUUACAACAAGGCCACCGGGUUCGGCGGGACCGGAAUUUACGUGAAAGUCCCCGGAAACACGCAAACGAGGAUAGUGAAUUGCUACAUGGACUACACUGGGAUUGUCGCCGAGGACCCCGUCCAACUCCACGUCUCCAACUCGUUCUUCCUCGGCGAUGCUUUCGUGGAGCUGAAGUCCGUGCGCGGGACGAUCGCCGGAAUCAACAUCGUCGACAACAUGUUCGCCGGCUCUGGCAAAGGCAUUGACAUCGUCCAGCUCGACCAGAAACUCGCGCCGUUCAAAGACGUAGAGCGAGUCGUGGUCGAGAGAAACAACGUGCGGGGGAUGAAUCUCAAAUCCACCGUGGGGAUGGGCUGGGCCCGCGGGAACGGAACGACGUGGACCGUUGAUCUUGACCGGGUCCUUCUCUUCCCUAACCUCGCGACGUUCGUGCAGUACACGUUCAAGUCGAGCGAAAACUCGUUCCCUAAGCACGUGUUGAGAAACACGUCGGACAAUCGGGUUGUGAUCGAGUCGGACAUGCCAGUCACGGCCGAGGUCUUUGUCAUGGUUGAUCAGAGCAAGUCGAGCGUAAUUAAUUAAUCUAAACGAGGAAUGAUGUGGUUUAUUUAGGAUUAAUUAAUUGUUCCCAAACUUGUUAAAAGGAUAAUGAGCUUGGGGUGACAAUGUUUCCUGUAUAAAAAUUUGAAAUGAUUGGUGAAUGAAUGGAGACGGAAGAG